CUGAUCCAGAAGAUGAAGGAGAAAGGAGACCAAGCCAAGGUGAAGAGACUGGAGGAGAUGAAUAACAAGAUGGAUGACAGAACCAGAGUAAUGCUGAUGGAGAGGGUGAAAAGAAUCUCAUCAGAUUUUGACAACUUGAUCUCAGACAGUUUUGAGAUCAGAUCAGAGCUUCCUGCCGUCUACCAGCUGAGAACAAAGAAAGAGACGUUUGGGACUCUGACCAGAGUCAUUUAUGGCCAGAAAGAUGAGAAGAAGCCAAACAGAACCAUCUUACUUGUUGGUGAAACAGGAACAGGAAAGUCUACUCUGAUCAACGCUCUGCUCAACUACGCCAUGGGGGUGAAGUUUGAGGAUGAAGUCUGGUUUCAGAUUGUAGAAGAAGAGAAGAGAAGUCAGACAGAGAGCCAAACCUCAGAUGUGAUCGUCUAUCAGAUCUUUGAAGGUCAAAAUCUGCCGUUCUCUCUGACAAUCAUAGAUACUCCUGGCUUUGGAGACACCAGAGGGAUUGAACAUGAUUUAAAUAUCAGUCAGAGAUUGUUAGACUUGUUCCGAUCAGAGGAUGGAGUUCAGGAGAUUCAUGCAGUUGGUUUGGUGAUAAAGGCAACUGAGAACCGACUGAGUGACCAUCUGAAGUACAUCUUUGACUCAGUGAUGGAUCUGUUUGGAAAAGACAUAGAGAAAAAUAUUGUAGCUCUGGUCACUCACUCAGAUGGAACAACACCUUUAAAUGCUCUAAAAGCUCUUAAAGGUGCAGAUAUUAAAUGUGCCAAAGAUGGAAAAAAUCAGCCUGUUCACUUUCUGUUUAACAAUCUACAGAAGACAGAAAGAAACACAGCAGAGAAAACUAAUCCUUUGAAGCAUUCCUGGGAUUUUACUGAAGAACAAAUACAAAACUUAAACGCCUACUUAGACACAUCCCAACCUCAGAAACUAGCGACAACUGUAGCGGUUCUGAAUGAGAGGAUCAGACUGACCGCCUGCAUCCAGAACCUGAAGGAGAAAAUUGACCUGAGUGAACUGAAACAGAAAGAGAUUAAACAGAUCCAAGAAGCUCUAAAGAACAAUGAAAAAGAGAUGAAAAAUAAUGAGAACUUUACUAUAGAGGUUGAUGAGGCCUAUAUUGACAAAGAACCAAUUAGUGGUGGGAUGAGGGGGUUGGUGUUUUAUGAAGCAGCUGUCUGUUGCACUCGAUGUGAAGAGAACUGCCACUACCCUGGAUGUACGAUGGCUUGGUAUCCUCAGCACUGUGAGGUCAUGAAAGAAGGUCGCUGCACAGUUUGUACCAGAAAAUGUCCUGCAUCAGAUCAUGUAAAAGAGAAAUGGAAGUAUGUGACCAAAACCAGGAAAGUUCAGAAGACUCUGGAAGACAUGAAAGAGAAGUAUGAAAACAAUAAAGCUGAAUGCGAGAACAAGCGAAGCCUUUUGGAAAACCUUGAAGAAGAAUCCAGGAAGCUGUCUGAAGAAAGAGCAGAAUAUCUGAAUGAAGCAUAUCAACAUGUCGUCAAACUGGAUCAGAUAGCCCUCAAUGUUGUAUCACGUUCCACUUUUGUCCACCUGGACUUUCUGAUUGAGAAGAUGGAGGAGAAAGGAGACACCAAGAAGGCUAAGAAGCUGAGGGAUAUGAAAAAGGCUGUGGAUGAAAAGAAAACAAGUUCAGUGCAACGUUGCAUUCAAUUCUUCUCGUCUUUGGGGGGGAAGUGA